UGCUAAAAUAAAAGUAUUACUACUGCCGAACAAUUUUUUCAGUAUAAUACCUAUUGAAUAAACAUAAAAUUUCCAACAAUACCACUAUUCAUAUAACUAAAUACUAUCUUAUAUCAUAUAGCUUAAAAAAAUAAUAUUUAAAAAAUAUACACACACCUCACUAAUCACACUAAUAAUAAUAAUAGAAGUUUCAAGUUUCCCAAACGAGUUCUUAUAUAAAAGAUAAAAAAGUCACAGCACAACAAACUUCUUCUUCUUUCUUAGUCACCACUCACCACCAUUACCUACCACUCUCUUCACUUUUUCUUCUCUCCUUCUACCAUGGGAGUGAGCAACAACAUAACCGCUGUACUCAACUUCAUCGCCUUUCUCUGUUCCAUACCCAUAAUCGCAGCCGGGACAUGGCUUGCAUCUAAGCCCGACAACGAGUGCAUCCACGCCUUCCGGUGGCCGGUAGUCAUCCUCGGCGUCCUCAUCCUCCUCGUCUCCCUCGCCGGCUUCGUCGGCGCUUGCUGGAACAAGCAAGGUCUCCUCGCCUUUUACCUCUUCUGUAUGGCCAUCCUCAUAGCUCUCCUCCUCAUUCUGCUCGUCUUCGCCUUUGUCGUCACGCGCCGCGACGGCAGCUACCAAGUCCCCGGUCGCUAUUACAAAGAAUACCGCCUCGACGGCUUCUCCGAUUGGCUCAGGGACCGAGUCACCAGCUCCGCCAAUUGGGGAAAAAUUAGGGCGUGUUUGGCUGAUUCCGAUGUCUGUACCAAACUUAAUCAGGAUUAUCUUACCGCCGAUCAGUUCUUCAAUGCUCACAUCUCUCCACUUCAGUCAGGAUGUUGUAAACCCCCAACAGUUUGUGGCUACAACUAUGUUAACCCUACACUUUGGAUAAACCCAGUUAACCAAGUGGGUGAUCCUGAUUGCUUCUUGUGGAGCAAUGACCAAACCCAACUUUGCUACAAUUGUAACUCUUGCAAAGCUGGCCUUUUGGGUAACCUAAGACAAGAAUGGAGGAAAGCCAAUGUGAUUCUCAUAGUGGCAGUUGUGGUUUUGAUUUGGGUCUACCUAAUUGCCUGCAGUGCCUUCAAGAAUGCCCAAACAGAGGACCUCUUCCGCCGUUACAAGCAGGGUUGGGUCUGAUCUUGUUCCCAAACAAACAGACCCCACAUUUUCUCAUCAUAUGCUCCUAUUAUGGAAAUGUGUCCCUGUCAAAGUAAUGUACAUAUUCCACUGUUUUCUACUCAUUUUUCUUCUUAAUCUGUUUAAUUGCAAUGUGUGGUGGUAAGUUGAGUUGUUCUUAUACUGAUUUAUUGAGUCAGUCUCUUGCUAGAAGGAGCAUAGCAUCUUUAAGUUAUCAUCAGCUUUUAACUGGUAUUGGAUUCUUCUUUUUAGUCA